ACAUUAAACGGACACGGAAAAAACUUAGAAAUGGUCUAGAUACUUACAUGUGCACCUCUGUUUUGUUGAUAUCACUUUUAAAUAUGAGGGCAGUUAAUAAAUCGAAGAGAAAGUUCGAGAAACCUGCGAAAUAGAAAAAUGCUGCAAGUUUUGUUUACGGAUGUGACGUCAUACCGGAAGUUGAGAGGGCUUGUCGGGAUAAAAAGUUUAAAAGUAUGGCGGCCGCAAGAAAUGUUUCUACUCCGUAUACAAGUCUUCCUAACGUCGCUCAGAAUGCAUUGAAUACUCCUUCACCAGGAGGACCCUUUAAAGCUACGCAAUUAUGGAAGGAGAUCAUUGGCCACUUGAAAUUGCACGUGUCGUGUAAACGGAAGCGUAUACGAUUGAAACAAUAUGACCAAUGUUUUACUGGUUCUGAUGCAGUUGAUGUAAUUUUGCACCAUCUCUUACUCGAUAAUGUUAACUUUCGUAAAGACAUAUCCAGAGCAAAGGCUGUGAAGUUAUGUCAGUUGAUUAUGGACAGCAAAGUGUUUGAAUCCAUUAAUAGUCAUUCUGCAAAACUAUUUGAGGAUAGUUCAAAUAAAUUCUACAGAUUCAAAACAGAGGGUGGUGUGGCAGACAGGAAACCUCUCAUCUCGACACCUUCUAAAAACAGUCCUUCUAGUCAUCCUGGGUCCAAAAUGAGGAUCAACAAAGUUUUUGAACCUGACCUUCUGGACGGUGAUAAUGUCAUAAGCAACCCUAUCCUUCUCAACAAUAAAGGCCAGAUCAUCCAAGAACUUAUGAAUACUUCAGAAACAUGGAAACGCAGAAGUAGCAUGGAUUUAUUAAAAAGAACUAUAUCUCCAGCUUUAAGUAAGGGGACUUUUUCACGGCAGCGUCAGGCUCAUGAAUUUAAAUCCAUGAGGACGGGGAAACCACGCACCCCCCUUGCUGAUCGUAUUAAUAUAUCAGAUCGCCUAAAUAGGUCUUUGAGGAAACGAAGAUUGGACAUGUCAUUUGAUGAUUGUGAUACCCCCAAAGCAGUUGCCGAUGAGAUCUGGCGAGAAGUGGCAUUAAACAAACUUCUCACUUUAAUAGAGCUUCCUCUAUUGGACACAAUUUUAAGUUCAGAUCUUGAUGACGUCAGCCCAAACUUGCCAAAUUUGGUCAUCUCAAAUCUACAGCUGGGGUUAGAGUCAGGAUUUUUGAUAAAAGAAACGGUGCUAAGUGGUCCAGACCUUGUGAAACCUGACCCAUGGUUAACUGCUGCGACAGAAUGCUUGGAGCUACAGCCCGAUAAAAUGAGUGUUAUUUAUGCCACCAGGAGUCGCCACAAGUCCUGCGAAAGCUCCUCAAAACUUCGCAAAAAGGCUCUUUAUCAAGAAAUCGUAGACGUUUACACAAAAAAUAAAAAACGAAGUCCGCUGAUAUCGGAUCGUUUUAUGGACCUACACGUUGCAAUUUUUAAUCUUUUAAUGCAAGGACGAUUGGAUGUAGCAGUUAAAGCAGUGCAAUUGAGUAUGUUGUUGUUGCCCCAAAGCAAGCGAGACGAACUGGAAGCCCUGGUGAAGUUCCUGCACGAAGCAAUAAGUGAAUCUGCAGUACAUAUAGGAGACAUUGUGGGCAGUAACAGAGCUGAGAUUCAACACAGAUUUGCAGAUGUGAUUCUACAUAAUACAAUGUUAUCAGCAAGCCAGGCAUCAAAACUUGUCAUGUUUAUCAUUGACCACUACCCAGAGGUGUUCAAAGUCCCAGAAGAUAUUCAACAAAUUGUCACCAAUCGAUUAGAGUGUCUGAAAAAGGGACGUCUUUGUACAGUUGAAGAAGAGAGUGAUGCAGAUUUGAGUGACUGGAGAUAUGAUGAUACUCUGUCAGUGAUAGACAUGACGGCCUAUUGUGAGCGGGUCACCAUGGAGCAAUACAAGGAACAACAAGAGAACUACACCAACGAAGCCAUCUGUGACCUCAUCAAUACUGUACUGGACGAUACUAAAAUUCCUCUCAAGGAGAAACGGGAACGAUUAAAAUUGCUGAAGAAAAAUCAUCCGGAAAUCUAUAAUGAAAAUUUCGCGGGGAUGGUGUAGUGAUUGGAGACAAGUUAGAGAGAAAAUAUGGAUGACAGGAUAAAGUGCAUGAAGAAUCAUUGAGAUGAUUUUCUUUUUGUGCCUGGAAACAAAAAUUGGAAGAUAAAGCUUCUUUGUUGCAUUGGAUGCACUUGAGGUGCUGUCAUCAGGAAGUGAGAAGCUAUCAAAGUACAUAGCAAAAUUAAUCAAAAAAUUAAUUUAAUAAGCAUUUCUCUGUAUUAUAUUAUUGCAAUAUUAACAGUAUACUGUAACUUGGGUUAUUUUCACUCGCUUAAUAUUUGGCAAUUUACAUCGACACCACAGAUAAAUCCUCUGGAAUUUGUUCUUUUUUACAUCAAGCAAUAUCGGGAAAUCAUGGGCUGAGAACAAAGCCAGGUAAAUUUUUGGGGAAAAAGUGAUGAUCGGUCAUAAAGCUGACAUGGCAGCCGAUGUUGAAAUCAAUAACGUUUGAAUUUAUUGUACUCUGGGACAUUAUCACUAAAAAGUAUGAUCUAACUCUGAAAAGAAUAAAGAUUGUUAUUGAACUAAGCCCAAAUGAACCAAAUUAAUUAGCUGCCAAAUGUCAAAAAUCUGAAACUUUGCAAAAUUAACCCAAGUUAGAGUAGCAAUCAUCAAUCAUGAGAUCUAGAAAAC